AUGAGUGACGAGUUUCUUUUGGCUGAACGUGCGCUGCUCGGCAAAGAGGCGAGGACUUCCGACGUGGUUAUAACAACAGCUCUGAUACCGGGAAAGCCUGCGCCGUUGCUUAUUCUAGAGGACGCAGUACGAGACAUGGCACCGGGUAGUGUUAUAGUGGAUUUAGCAGCCGAAAUGGGGGGAAACGUUGAAACGACAAAAAAGGGGGAGGUGAUAAAGGUACACGAUGUCACGCACGUGGGUCUAACGGACAUGCCGAGUAGAAUGCCUGCGCACGCGUCUACGUUGUACGCGAAUAAUAUUUCUGCGUUUUUAUUCAGUUUGGGUACCAACGACCAUUUCAACAUCGACCUAGAAGAUGAAGUGACCCGUGGGGCGAUCGUGUUAAAGGCCGGAGAAUUGCUUUGGCCGCCCCCGCCCACGAAGAGCAUGCCGCCCGCCCAAGUUAAGGCCGCCGCUGUGGCUAAUACGGAACCGCCCAAUCCCUUCAACGAGACCUUGAAAGAUACCUUUUUGUAUUCUACGGGUCUAGCAAGUUUGAUCGGUCUUGGAGUGGCUUCACCGAAUCCUGCUUUCACCACAAUGACAACGACGCUCGCUCUAUCAGGCGUGGUCGGAUACCAUACGGUGUGGGGCGUGGUUCCAGCCCUCCAUUCGCCACUUAUGUCUGUGACUAACGCCGUGUCAGGAAUUACUGCGGUAGGCGGAUUAUUGCUCAUGGGCGGUGGAUACGUACCUGAGACGCCUGUUCAGUGGCUGGCAAGUACUGCUGCAUUGAUUUCCUUCGUUAACGUCUUUGGAGGAUUCAUGGUCACUCAACGUAUGUUGGAUAUGUUUAAACGGCCUGGCGAUCCUCCGGAAUAUGGUUAUCUAUAUGGGAUACCAGCUACGGCGUUGCUAGCUGGAUACAUCGUGACAGCAAUGCAGGGGUACCCUGAAGUCCAUCAAAUGGCGUAUCUCGCAUCAUCUCUGUGCUGCGUAGGCGCAUUAGCGGGUCUAAGUUCGCAAGGAACAGCUAGAAAGGGAAAUUAUCUUGGAAUGAUUGGCGUGGCUGGGGGUAUAGCGGCUACGCUGGGAGCGUUAACGCCGAGUGCGGAGGUGUUCGCACAAAUGUUGGGCGUUGCUGGCAUCGGUGGGGCGUUAGGUGGUGUGAUCGCUAAGAAAAUCGAAAUUACCGAUUUGCCACAGCUUGUCGCUGGUUUUCAUAGCUUGGUUGGUAUGGCAGCGGUUUUGACCUGCCUAGCGACGUACAUGCAUGAUUUCCCAGCGAUGGCUUUAGACCCGACAGCAGUUACCCUGAAGACAUCUCUCUUCCUGGGGACUUAUAUUGGAGGGAUUACGUUCACUGGUUCAUUGAUAGCAUAUGGAAAACUCCAAGGCUCGUUAUCCUCGGCGCCAUUAUUGCUGCCAGGACGUCAUGCGAUUAACGCGGGACUUUUAGCGGGGUCUUUGGGCUGUGGAGGAGCCCUAAUAGCGAUGCCCGAUGCCCCCGGCCUGCCCUUAUUGUCUGCGGCCGCUGUUUUGAGCGGAAUCCAGGGACUGACUCUAACCGCUGCUAUCGGAGGAGCUGAUAUGCCAGUAGUAAUAACAGUGCUAAACAGUUAUUCUGGCUGGGCCCUGUGUGCUGAAGGGUUUAUGCUGAAUAAUUCCCUGAUGACGAUUGUUGGGGCACUCAUAGGCAGUUCGGGAGCUAUACUUUCAUAUAUUAUGUGCAAGGCAAUGAAUCGUUCCCUUCCGAAUGUAAUUCUUGGCGGUUAUGGUGUCACUACAAGUGGCACUGCCCGUCCCUCUGGAGCUGUGCAUACUGAGAUGAAUGUUGAUACAGUAGCCGAUUUAAUUCACCGUGCUUCCAAUAUUAUUAUUACUCCAGGUUACGGACUGUGUGUCGCCAAGGCACAAUAUCCAAUUGCGGAGCUGGUAAACAUUUUAAAAGAUAUUGGCAAGAAAGUGCGCUUUGCUAUUCAUCCCGUAGCAGGUCGUAUGCCGGGACAAUUGAACGUUUUGUUGGCGGAGGCUGGAGUUCCAUAUGACGACGUGUUUGAGAUGGAGGAGAUUAACGAAGAGUUCCCGGAGACUGAUUUAGUUCUUGUUAUAGGUGCCAAUGAUACAGUGAACAGCGCAGCUGAAGAUGACCCCGACUCACCAAUUGCAGGAAUGCCAGUACUUAAAGUGUGGAAAGCAAAUCAGGUCGUGGUCAUGAAGAGGUCUAUGGGUGUGGGUUAUGCAGCCGUAGAUAAUCCAAUAUUCUACAAUCCAAACACAGCUAUGUUACUAGGAGACGCUAAGAAGACCUGUGACGCACUUUUGGAUAAAAUAAAACAUUUAACUGGAUAA